AAAACAGGUCUGGGCUGCAAAAGUAUGGCAGCUGCUGAGGCGGCGGUGGUAUCGUCGUCAUCCUUGAAACCAGCUACAACCCCAGUCCCCGAAAGUGCAGGAAUGGCUGCAGCCACGGCCGCCACAUCCUCAGCGAUGGCUGCAGCCGCGGCGGUUGCGGCCAGGACCGGAUCCGAAGCCAGGGUCUCCAAGCCCGCGUUGGCUACUAAGCUGCUGUCCCUGAGCGGCGUGUUCGCCGUGCACAAGCCCAAAGGGCCCACUUCAGCCGAGCUGCUGAAUCGGCUGAAGGAGAAGCUUUUGGCAGAAGCUGGAAUGCCUUCUCCAGAAUGGACCAAGAGGAAAAAGCAGACUUUGAAAAUUGGGCAUGGAGGGACUCUAGACAGUGCAGCCCGAGGAGUCCUGGUGGUUGGAAUUGGAAGGGGAACAAAACUGUUGACCAGUAUGUUGUCAGGGUCCAAGAGGUAUAUUGCCACUGGUGAACUGGGGAAAGCUACUGACACGCUAGAUUCUACAGGGAAAGUAACAGAAGAAAAACCUUACGAUAAAAUAACACAGGAAGAUAUUGAAGGCAUUCUACAGAAAUUUACUGGGAAUAUAAUGCAAGUACCUCCUCUCUAUUCUGCAUUAAAGAAAGAUGGACAGAGACUUUCAACUUUGAUGAAGAGAGGUGAAGUAGUAGAAGCAAAACCUGCCAGGCCAGUUACCGUGUACAGUCUUUCCCUUCAAAAAUUCCAGCCACCAUUUUUCACAUUAGAUGUUGAAUGUGGAGGAGGUUUUUAUAUCAGAAGCUUGGUCAGUGACAUUGGCAAAGAACUGUCUUCCUGUGCCAAUGUGCUAGAGCUGACCCGCACCAAACAGGGACCCUUUACACUGGAGGAGCACGCCCUUCCCGAAGACAAAUGGACAAUUGACGACAUUGCACAGUCUCUUGAGCAGUGCUCAUCCCUUCUCCCAGCAGAGACGGCACUUAAAAAAUCAAAACCUGAGGAGUCUAAUGAGCCAGUUUUGAGCUGUCUUGUUCUCUGAGCACCUGAAGGAGGUGAGACUGGGGGAGAAGCAGGUCUGGAAAUCCGGAGGAUGUUGAGAAGUGCCUGUGCUGGCUUGAGAAGUGUUAUAUUCAGGAGUUGCCGUUGGGUUGGUCUCAAAGGAGAGAUGGAGGCUGAAGAGCUGAGAUUCUUCAAUGUGUGACGGAUGUUCGUGGGCUAGGAUCAGGUCAUCCUUCUAGGGAGAGUGUAGAUGGAGAAGCUGAAUGACUUCUGAGUCCUUAGUCAUCCCAAAUCAGGCCGAUGUGGUAGAAGGAAGCCUGGGGAGAAUGAAGGGGGUACUGGUCAGUGCUAAUGAGAGAACUGGUCAGGUCAGAGCCAGUGAUCACCGAACCUGGAGAACUUGAGUUUGUUGGUCAUCUUGAAAAGAGUAGGUUCAGAGACCAUUUGAAAUUAUUUGUAAUUGCAUUAUUCUGGGCCAAAUGACCAGAAAAACAACCAAUACUUACUGAGCAGUUACUGCAUGCCCCGCUCUGUAUUAUUCCCACUGAGGUCUCCCAGCAGCCCUCUAAGAUAAGUACCAUAUCCCCAUCUUACAGAUGACAACACUGAGGCACAGAGAAAUUAAGUAGUUUGCCUAAGGUUACACCAGCUGAUUAGUGCAGAGCGAAGAUUUGAACCCAGGCACCGUGACCCCAGAGCCCAUGCUCUUAAUUACUAGGCUGAUGCUCACAGAAGAUUGUGUGGGGGC